UGCUGCAUUGUGUGCUUGAUAGAGUCUGGUGUGGGGUUAGGUUUUGCCAAAGCAAGAAUCUUGUACAUCAUUAUCUUUUAUGUAUUCUGCUCUUUUUAUGUUUAGGGAAACAAAUAUUUGCAAUGGGAUCAGAAGACCAAGCCACUACCAUGUUUAAUAACACAUUUGUUCGCCCUGCAAAAUUUUAUAUCAGUGGAUUUUCCAACAUCCCUCAUAUUAGGUAUUUCUAUGUCUUCCUGUGUUUUGUCUACAUCAUGACUGUUUUGGGGAACGGUUUUCUUCUCUUAGUUAUUUGGCUGGUGAAGACUCUUCAUACUCCUAAAUACAUGAUUGUGUUCAACAUGGCAUUGACAGAUUUGUGUGGGAGCACAGCUCUCAUCCCAAAAGUCUUAGAUACUUUUCUGUUUGACAGGAGAUACAUCAUCUAUGAUGCCUGUUUAAGUUAUAUGUUCUUUGUUAUGUUCUUUGGAAGUGUGCAGUCAUGGACACUUGUCAUUAUGGCAUAUGACAGACUUAUAGCCAUUUGUCUCCCUUUAAGGUAUCAUAAUAUUGUGACUGAAACAUCAAUUACUGCAAUUCUGCUUUUUGUAUGGUGUUUUUUUGUAAUUGCAAUAGCAACCAUGAUUGGGCUUGUUAAUCGUCUUUCAUUUUGUAGAUCUUUAGUAAUAAACAGCUUUUUUUGUGAUCAUGGGCCAACCUUUCGUCUAGCUUGUAAUGAUACAACUGUAAAUUUCAACCUGGUAAUUUCCCUAAUCAUUAUAAUUCUCAUCAUUCCCCUAGCAUUUAUAAUGGCCACAUAUAUCUGUAUUUCCAUAGCACUGAGCAGGACUGCAUUCAGAGAGAAACGAAUCAGAGCGUUAAAAACUUGUACUUCUCACCUGAUCCUUGUUGCUAUUUUCUUCCUACCGUGGACAGGUACUAAUCUAGCUGCAGUCACGUCCUACAUUCAUCCUAAUGCCAGAAUGAUAAAUUCUGCAUUGACCCACACCAUACCACCUUUGCUCAAUCCCAUUAUAUAUGCUUUAAAGACAGAAGAAGUGAUGAAUGCUAUCAAGAAGCUUUGCAAAAGACAUUAUCUUAGUAACAAGAAAAAAAGAAAAACAUAA